AUGAAGCCUAUAUUUGCAGAACUUGGCACGUUCAAGCGGCCGGCCAGAACACCCUUAGUGAUAUUUUGUCACGAUAUGGCCGGUGGGUAUCACGAUUAUGACGUUUCCAUAGGAAAAAUACAUGCCUUUCCAACCUAUCGCUUCAUUCACUGGAAUUUGGUCGAUAUAUUCGUAUACUUUAGUCAUCAUUUUGUCACGAUACCACCAAUCUCAUGGAUAGGUGUUGCUCAUCGGAAUGGCGUUCGUGUCUAUGGUACUGUGAUAAUAGAGCUUGACAGAAGGAAUCCAUGUCCGGCUUUUAACGCGAUUUUUGACAUCAAUGCCAAGGAGUGCUGUAUCAGUCAUCCAUCCCAAUUCGCUCAAAAAUUGGAAGCCGUGCGUCAGCACUGCGGUUUCGAAGACAGCAGAGAGGAGGAUUUUCCAGAGGGUUCUUCACUUUUUACGAUGUCUAAAAAACUUGGGGUCAGAGGUUAUAUGGUAAUGCUGUUUUCAAGGCGUUAUUUUCGUAGGUACGACGCUGUCACAAAAAACGGAAUGCUUGAUUGGCAAAAUGCAUUGAGCUCCGAAAAUAUCCAUUUCUUUCGCUCCUGCUUUGACGGCAUUUUCCUUAACUACGUAUGGACACCAGAGCUCCUUGCAUCCACCCAGAAUCUGGCGCUGAGCGCCGAUGAAUCCAUGCGGAUUUUCGUCGGAGUUGAUUGUUUCGGUCGAGGAUGUCCUGGAGGUGGUGGAUUUGGCACGAAAAAUGCUUUGGAACUCAUCAUCAAAGCAUCUGCAAACAAUGGAGACCCUGUUUACGAAAUCAGUAGCAUAUACCAACUCGAUUACAACUUCUGGAGCCCUAUUAUGCCACUACUAUCGCGAAUUCGAGCCGCUGGCUCUUCGAGUCGGCAUUUCUACCGUCCAUUGAGCCCAUGGAAUGGUCUUUUAUAUAGUAACUUCUCCUUGGGGUUGGGAUUAUUCGACGAAAACUCCAAUACUUUUAGUCCGUGGAGUCGUUUGGUUGAUCAGCAGGUCCUGCCCACAUGCCGAGUGCUUUUCAAUGAACCGAGUGGAACUGGAAAGGAUUUCACUCUUAAGGUGAUACCUGAUUUUACGGAUUAUUAUUCUCCUGGUAGUAGUCUGCGUCUCCAUAUCGUCCCACUCAGUGAUGUGAAGAAAGAUCUAGUUCUUGAACUCUUUUUGUUCCCAAAUCUUUCGCUUUCUCCUAUCGCAACGCUAACAAUAGUUAUGAAAAUCGAAACCAGUCGAAGCUUUGUGAAGGUGUUUGCUGAUCUUUGCACUAUUUCUUGGGAUCGUAUCUAUGUCGCCGAAGAAUAUCCCGUUACGAGUCGACAAUAUUUGGAGUCUGAAGCAGUAACGGCGGCUAUGAUCGCCCUUCAGAUUCUCUCUUUCGCCAGCUGUCGUUUUGCCUGGUUUCCCGUUGUGGCUAGCCGAGACAUGCGUUGCCUUUCAUCUCUCCAUCAUGGCGAUCGCUUCCCGCCUCACUUGCAGUCGGUGGGCCUCGCAGCCAACCAGCUGCUGAUGCACGUUCCUCGUCUGCCGCAGAAGUUGCGUCGUGGUGAAGGCGUGGGCGGCGGGCCUACAGGACGCAUCUCUUGGCUCCGUCGCUGUGUCAGUGCCCUCGUUGACGAGGAGCGCAUCGAGCUUCCCUGGCCCGUCGCUCUGGAGACACGGCAAUACACUGAACGUCUUAUUCAGGAGGCCGUGCGUACCGAACUUGCUACCCCUGAUUUGUCCCAAUUUUCGUCUCUGGAGGAUCUGUUUCACUCACCCUGGAACACUUAUCCUGAGCUUUCUGCUCUUCUAGAGUUGUCUGCAUUCUGGCUUCAGAAACCGGAACUUGUAACCAAACUACUCAAGGUGCUCGUUCCGCGUUACCGAUUUUACAACCGAUCAUAUACACGCAUAUUUCGUCUACAGCGCCCACCAUACCCGAACCCACACGCUUUUAUUGCGCAGGGGUUCGGAGUACUUGAGCUUCAUGGAAACCCCUGGCCGCCCAUCGGAAAGCCACACUUACCGAAGCAAGUUGUAGAACAAGUUGGGUCGUCAUUUUCUCUGGAACCCUUCAAAAACAAGUACUUCAUCAAUGUACUGGUCUCAGCCGCUCGUGACGCUAGUCAGAAAAUCAAGUCUCAGGUGACUUGUCAGUGUUCAGUUGUCUCGCAGCAUCGCCCACCCUCUUCCACAUCAAUCGCCGCCACACACUACUCAGCUCUAAACUUAUUCGAAACUCAGAAAACCUACCAGCCUAGCGUUGUUGAAGACCCAAAAGUGUGUGCACCACUGUGGAGAGCGGCGAUGGAAUCAAGAAAGUCUUCAAACAUCAACCGGAAGAAGUUUAGCAUGAUCCUACCCCCUCCUAAUAUCACUGGAGACCUUCAUCUUGGCCACGCCCUGACCGUUUCCAUUCAAGAUGCCAUUUGUCGAUGGCAAUUUAUGCAGGGAAGAGACGUAGCUUGGAUACCGGGAUUAGACCAUGCGGGUCUAGCGACCGAGAUGACGGUCGAACGCUACCUUGAGAGGCACAUGAAAGCGUCGGGUUCCUCCAAUUUGCGUCGUAGUCUCGGUCGAGAGGCCUUUAUCAAGGAGAUUUGGCGCUGGAAAGAGUCCAAGAAAAGCUCAAUAUUGAAUCAAUUGAACCGACUGGGUCUCUUACUGGAUUGGAGCGCGGAAUACUUCACUUUUAGUCCUGAACACAAUAAGGCUGUGAAUGAAGCCCUUUUUCGCCUCAGUGAAGCUGGUCUUCUUUACCGUACCAAAAGUCUUAUAUCCUGGUGCUGUCAUCUCCAAUCAGCCAUCUCUGAUAUCGAGGUCGAACAUAAAGAAAUUACAAAGUUCACAGUGCUGCCCGUUCCUGGAUAUGCAAAGAAGCAGGCCUUUGGAUACGUCGACGUUUUUGACUACAAAUUAACUGACGGAUUGACCAGGGUUCCAGUUGCCACCACACGCCUCGAAACAAUGCUAGGUGAUACCGCUUUGGCUGUUCACCCAAAUGAUACUAGAUAUGCCCACCUCAUCGGUAAAUUUGCGGAACAUCCCUUCAUAAAGAAUCGGGUAAUUCCUAUCAUUGCUGACGCCAAGCACGUAGACCCCAAUCAGGGCACGGGUGUUGUGAAAGUGAGUCCGGGUCACAGCAGUGUGGACUUUGAAAUGGCGGAAGGUGGAAAACGCUUGGAUAUGGUGAAUAUUCUUGCGGACGAUGGCAGCCUCCAUGCUGUGUGCGGUGAGUUCGCAGGCCUUCCGCGCUUCGAAGCUCGCACGGUAGUGGCACAGCGUUUGGCCGCAAUGGGUCUCUAUCGUGGACGUUUUGGCAUCGGAGAGGCCACUGAAUUCCUCGCUCCUGUCUCUCCUAUAAGUUUGCCUGUCUGCUCACGCUCUGGUGACAUCAUUGAACCGCUACUCCGAGAACAGUGGUUCAUCGCUACCACCGUCAUGGCCAAUGCUGCCUAUGAGGCAAGCAUCUCUUACCGUUAUGGCUCGUUGCGCAUCUCACCACCCUGUCACGAGGCCACGUGGCGUGAAUGGUUAGCACUGGGUCGACAGCGUGAUUGGUGCAUCAGCCGGCAAGUGUGGUGGGGCCACCGCAUUCCGGCUUACCGCAUACCAGAGGAACACAGGCCGCAGUCGAAUGAUUCAGUUUCCACGACUUCCAAUUGGAUCAUCGCCCGCGACCACGACGAGGCUCGUAAAUUGAUCGCUGAACGGUGUAACUGUAGUAUUGGUGAUGUUCCUGUCAAUUUAGAGCAAGACACGGAUGUUCUGGACACCUGGUUCAGUUCUGCUCUUCUCCCCUUUUCUGCUUUUGGAUGGCCGCAGGAGGAGGAUGAUGGACCCGUAAAAUUGAAAGAUCAGGUCCUUCUCCACGGUCUAAUUUGCGAUGCCAAUGGCCAGAAGAUGUCCAAAAGCAAAGGCAACACAAUCGAUCCCCUCAACUUGAUUGACGGUGUCGGAAACCUUAAACCUUUCUUCGCGCAGCACCAGCUUGGUAGGGGCGAUGGAAGUGAUAGUGUUGAGGGCAUACGGAAUCUGGGAGCCGACGCAGUGCGAGCCUCCCUGUUGGCUACCGAUUUCACGCGCUCCACAAUCGUCUACACAGAGGAGGGCGCUCUCGACUUUAGGCGCUUUGGCAAUAAGGUGCGUCUCUCAUAUCUCAGCCUGUCCUCCCUUUUCGCUCUCCUUCUUCCCCUUUUGACUCCUUCACUUCAGGUGUGGCAAAGUAUGCGCUUCCUUACCUCCGAAAUGACACGCACUGGUCUAUCAAUCGACCUAGAGAGGCACUCCAUUGACCUAAUGUGGGACAAGCUCCUCACUCAGAAGGCAACUGAAGUUCCUCUUCUCGACAAAUGGAUACUGCAGCGUGUGGCACAUCUAGCGCGGCGGUUCAACACGUCUUUUGAAAAUCUCUGCUCUGGACGAAGUCGUGAUCAGGCGUUGCACAAUUGUAUUGCCGAUUUACGUCUAUGGUGGACCGAGGAUCUCUGUUCAGUCUACCUCGAAGUUGUUAAACAUCGUCUCCGCAUCAAUGGUGGUGAUAAGGAAAACCUGGAUACCUUGGUCACCUGUUUUUUAUGCGGUCUCCGCCUCCUGCAUCCUAUAAUGCCUCAUCUCUCUGAGGUGCUCUGUCAGUUGCUUCUCAACGAUGGUCACUCUCUUCUUCUUCACCAGUUUCCGAGGGCGACUUCUACAUUGACAUCAGGCGACAUAGAUUUUGUCUCCGACGCCAUCGCCGCAGUAUCACGUCUUAAAUCAUGGCGGGUGCUGUUGGGUCUUGGGAAGGCCCAUACCAACACCAUAGGUGUGUCUGGUCAGUCCGCCAACGAACAACAUGAGGCUGUCAUCAUGGAGCUCUGCUCUGCACUUUCUGGUCUAAGGCGCAUCGACGUGGUCUCCACUUCACUCAUCAGCAUUCCCUGCGGAGCUGGUAUCUCGCUAAGUUUUGAACCAAAGGGUGUCAACUUCAAGACGGCUGCGGAAACCCUCAAGUGUCGCCUUUCUAAGCUGAGUAGGAAAGCUGAGAUUCUCAGCUUAAAAAAACAGACAAAAGCAUAUUCCGAAAAUGGUGAACUUUCACAUUCUGAAGCAUCGAAGGUGCAUGUCACAUGGGCUCUCACUUGA